AUUCGGCUCGGCCUGACGGGACCACCGCCUUCAUGGGCAGCGGCGGCCCAGCCUCUGCGACUGGUACGAAGACGGGAAAGAGGGUUCCUGAGCUGGUGCAGAGUGCUCCCCUGCUUCCCCUCCACCGUUUUGCAGAGACUUUCGGGGUAGCGGAACAAUCAUUAUUGGAAUAAUCACCGAUCUGAUCUGUGAUACCUUUAGUGAAUGGGAUGCCACUCCACAGAUAUUCCAUUAUGAGGAAAAGCUGAGCUCCUUCAGAUUAUUCGGGAUGAAAUACUGUGCGGCUUAUAUAUAAAUCCUGGGGCUUCCAUUUUAUCCUCUGACUUACGUAUACUUCUUGUAUGGACAGACAUGGAAGCUGAAUCAACAAUACCAAUUUGGCAGAACAAACCCUAUGGUUCAUCUCGCAGUUUUGUGAGAAGAAUUGGAACGAGUCUUCCUUUAAAACCAUGUCCCAGAGCUUCCUUCCAGCAGGACAGACACACGUCCACUCAAGCACAGAUGGAAACCAACUCCGUUCUUUGUUAUUCAGCGGAAUGCUUCGGUCCCAAAUCUGAGGAAACAAGAAGAAAAAUUGUUGGCUCUGCGGAAACCAUGUUUACCUGCCUUGAGUCGAACCACAGAACUCCAGGAAGAAUUGAGUCACCUGCGGAGUCAGAUUGCUAAAAUUGUUUCUGGAGAUUCAGCUUCCUCUUCAUUAACGCCAGAAUUGUUAUCUCCAGGAAGUUCAAACGUGUCUUCUCCCUUGCCCUGCUUUGGACCCUCAUUCCAGUCUACAACUUCCUUUGUCAUUAGUGAUAUCACAGAAGAAGAGGCUGACUUAGAAAGUCCAGAACUUCCAUCUGUUUCCAUGCUUUGUUCUACAACUUCUGAAUGUUACAAAGCCGACCCGAAGGAUUCGGAUGACGACGAUGACACCGUGUCUCUCUCAAAGGCCAGUAGUUUUGCGGAUAUGAUGGGCAUUCUGAAAGACAUUCAUCGAAUGAAACAGAACAAAGACUCGAACAGAAGUUUACUGAAAGAAGAGGAUCCUGCGAUUCUUAUAGCAGAAGUUUUAAGAAGGAAAUUUGCUUUGAAAGAUGAAGAUGUCUCAAUUAUUCCCUCUCUUGCUCUUCUAUGGCAUUGAAAGAAGCAACCAAACCAAGAACUGCUAUCUAAAGAAAAAAAAAAGACUUGGGGGGGAAACCCUUCAAAUGUUGCUGCUUUGCUCCAUUACCUCCUCCUCCUCCCCGCCCUCCCAGUUUUUGAAGUUGUGAAGAAGAAAUAGUGGAACAGGAGUCGUUAACACAUCCUCCACACCUUUUAGCAGUAUUAAUGCAGCGGAGAGACAAAAGUUUUUUGGAUGACAUUUGUGUGUUUUGUAUGUCUUUGCAGUGAAGAGUGCAAUGGAAUAGCAAAUAAUAAAUCCUCUUAUACAGAGCUUG